AUGCAAGCCCAUAUGUUUCAGGAUGUGCAUGUCAUGAUAUUCGUGGGUUUCGGGUUCCUGAUGACGUUCCUGAAACGAUAUGGCUACAGCUCAGUGGGUUUCAAUCUAUUAGUGGCAGCCCUCGUAGUACAAUGGGCAGUACUAUGUAGAGGAUACUUCGAAUUGGAAGAUGGAAAAAUCAGAUUAGGUUUACGAGACUUAAUCGGUGCGGACGUAGCAGCUGCCAGCGUCCUAAUAUCGAUGGGGGCGUUGCUCGGACGGACGACGUGGGUGCAACUGCUGCUCAUGGGUUUUAUUGAAAUUCUAAUUUUCUCGGCUAAUGAAUAUCUUCAGGUCGAGGUGUUUCAGAUUACUGAUGCAGGUGGUUCAAUAGUUGUCCAUGCAUUUGGAGCAUACUUUGGAUUAGCAGUAAGUUUCAUGUUACGACCAUCGAAAACAGUUCCAUCAAAAUUAGAAGGACCCAGCUAUAAUUCUGAUAUGUUCGCCAUGAUUGGAACGCUUUUCCUGUGGCUGUUUUGGCCAAGUUUCAACUCAGCAUUCAUAUCAGGUGAGGGACAACACCGCGCGGUUAUCAAUACAUAUUUAUCGCUAGCUGCCGCCACCGUCACGGCGUUCUGCAUAUCGGCGGCGGUUACGCACGCCAAGAAGUUCGACAUGGUCCACAUCCAGAAUUCAACGUUGGCCGGCGGCGUCGCCGUGGGCUCCAUUUGUAACCUGAUUAUUCACCCGUUCGGCGCCAUGGUUACCGGAACGCUUGCCGGAAUUCUAAGCGUGCUGGGAUAUGAAUAUUUAACGCCAAUAAUUUCCAGAAAAUUGCGCAUACAAGAUACGUGUGGUGUGCACAACCUUCACGGUAUGCCUGCGGUAUUAUCAGGGGUUUUGAGUGCAGUUUUUGCUGCAAUUGCGACAAAAGAUGAAUAUUCCAAUUCCUUAUAUAGUAUUUUUCCGGCAAUGCAACAACUAAACGGAACAUCUGCCGAAUCUACAGAAACCAUUGAUAAUGGAGUUACUAUCGCCAUGGUCCGAUCCGGAACUACUCAGGCGGGCUAUCAAUUACUGGCUUUGGGUCUAACAGUAUUAAUCGCCAUCGUCAGUGGACUUGUAACAGGUGUGGUCCUGAAAUAUGCUUGUGCUCAAGUUGAAGAAGAACAUAGGCACGACGAUUCUCCAGCAUGGGAAUUACCUCAUGAUGAAGAAAAGGCGGAAAAUCAUCAUCAAAAUGUUGCUACAAUUAGCUGAAUAUUUGUUCUAACUAUAUUGUAUGAGACUGUUCGAAAAAUGAAGAAAGAAAGUGAAGCACAAUUUAAAUAAUUUUAAAAAUACUAAAAUAUCUAUUAAUGUAGUUUUAGUGUAAUUACUGUGCUUUAAACACAAUAUUUGAUUUUAUAUUGAUUUAUAAAAAAUAUGUUUUAAUAUAAUGUACAUAAGAAACAACUAAUUUGCCAACCAAUUUGUCAAUUGGUUGAAUAGAAUUUAAUAAAAAUUAAUGUAUUUUUAUUC